UUUCUCAUUUUUGUUCUUUUCUGGAUAAAGCACAAAAUUCUCUCUAACUAUUGGACAACCGGCGUCGGAGAUAUCGUCGGUGCGUAUCGAUUUCGGUCAGCAAACUGGCGAAUGCCGCAUGCGCAUAAACUUGAAGAGAUCACACAUCGAGGAAACAAGCUCGAGCUGGAAUUUUACCCCUCUGCAUCAGAUCAGAAGUUUUUAUAGCAAACCAAUUUGGUAAGCGGCGACAAUCAGCUCAGUAGCUCGUCGUUGACGAGAAGCGAAUGUGGAUUUUAGCUCUGCUUCUACAUUUGUCACACGUCCAUGGACAAAGCUUCCAAAAAUCAGGUAUCAUUGAGGGGAGCGAGUGCAAAAGAAAUUACGAGGGAUGCUCUUGUUCAGAAGGUUAUCCAGGAGAGAGAGCUACGUCAAUAUGCAAGAAAAGCGGCAGCUGCCGCUCUCUUUAUUCAGAGAGUUUGGAGGCGCUUCAGAGUGACUAAGAUUGCUGCUUUGCAGCUUCAAGAAGAAUGGGAGGAUUUGUUGAAUAAUCAUUCUGGUGCACAGGGCGGCACAUUCAUUUCCUGUAAUAUUUUGAGACCAUUUCUCUUCUUUAUCUCGUCUUUUCUGAAACGACCGCAAAAUAUCAAGACCAAAGAUAUAGAUUGUAUGAAGAAUUGCUUUAAAAUCUUGUUAGAAAGCAUCAAUUCUACUGAAUCAAAGAACAACUUCUGCUCCUUGGCCACUGGUACAUCUGAAGAAAGAAGAAUGUGGACUUACCAAUCAAGGAAGCUUAUUUCUGUAUGCUUAUUUAUUCUUGUGCAUUUUGACAAAUUGCAAGUGAAGGAGCAAGAAAUUAUUGUUACGACCUCUUUGGCCAUGCGCCUUGUAGUUGUCUUAACCGAUCAUCAUGUGUGGAAGAAUGCUAAUGAAAGUAGUCAGGCUGUUGCUGAUGCAGCAUUGGAGGAUUUAAUUCAUUAUCUGGGAACUUCUGAAAGUGGUCUUUACGUUUCAGUCAGGGAAUACAUGUAUAAAUGGAGUGUCCUCCAGUCCACACAAAACAACAGUACCAUCAAGACAAAUGAUUUAUUAGUUAUUACUGUGAGUGCUAUAACUUUAGCAUUACGACCAUUUCAUUUAAUGAUUUCUGAUACGAUUGGUACUACUCCGUGGGAAGGGCAUCAUGUUGCUGAACAGUUUUGCCUGUUUCUACUUACAAUUCCUGGGUUUAUUCAAAAUCUGCCACAACUUCUUGUGCCAGCUGUAAAGCAUCGAUCUAUCUUGUUUCCAUGCUUCUCGACUCUAUUGGCCAAGAAAGAGACAAUUUUGCUGGGAAUGUCUAAUUUAAGUCAAUUAUCAGUUGAAUGUGGCUCUAAGGUUGUUCCGGCAGUCGGGUGGGCUCUUGCUAACAUUAUAUGUUUGGUAGCAGGGAGUGAAACUAAGGCAAGGGAUUCUGGUUGGUUCAGUCAGAGUUUAGACUAUGUGUUGUAUGUUCGUGUGGUUUUCACUUUGGCAGAAAACUUUUUGGAUUUGAGUGGGGAUUUAGGAUGUGGUAAAAAGGAGAACCCAGAUAUCCUGAGCGUCAAUGUAACUUCUUAUGAACCCUCUAAUGCAGCUGUUCCCAAGAAUGAAACGACAUCUAUGUCCUUGAGCACAUCUUUCAUUGAUAUGCUUAGGCCUGUUUGUGACCAGAGGCAUCUCACAGAUCUUUUGAAAAUAGUAAAUACAGAUGUUUAUUCUGAUGUUAGCAUCGAUCAAUCAAAUAAUAUGGAAUGUAUGAAAAGCUUGAAACUGCUUGAUAUAUCAUACUUCUACAUGUACAUGCUCAGAAUAUUUUCAUUAUUGAAUCCAGUGGUUGGAUCCUUACCCAUUCUUAAUAUGUUAUCUUUUACUCCUGGAUUUCUUGUUGAUCUGUGGGGAGUGUUAGAAAGUUCCCUUUUCCCCAGUGAUGUUGAUGAACCUGAAGAUCACUUUCCUGGCUCAAGUAAAAUAUUAAAUAAAGGAAAAAAUGAAGGUUCUGGCAAAAAGCAAAAUCAAGUCAGUAAGGAUGGAAGUAGUAGGUGGGUAACUGUCUUCAAUAAGUUCACGAGCAAGUCAUCACCAGGUAGUGAUCAUAUGGACACAAUUGAAGUACAAUCUAGUUCAAGACAGGGGGAUGACGACUCGUGCGAUUUAUGGGACAUAAAAUCUUUAAGUUGUGGUCCACAAGGUAUUUCAAAAGAUUUGUCAUGUCUGCUCUAUCUUUUCAGUGCCACUUAUGCUCAUCUGCUGUUAGUUCUAGAUGACAUAGAGUUCUAUGAAAAACAGGUUCCAUUCAGGCUGGAGCAGCAAAGGAAACUUGCAUCAAUGCUUAACACGCUUGUGUAUAAUGGUUUAUCCCACGGUACUGGUCAGCAAAACACAUCCCUUAUGGAAUCUGCAAUCAGGUGCCUGCAUUUGAUGUAUGAGAGGGAUUGCAGACAUCAGUUUUGUCCUCCUAGGCUAUGGCUUUCACCUGCUAGAACAAGUAGACCACCUGUUGCAGUUGCUGCAAGAACUCACGAAGCUUUAUCAGGCAACUUAGGGGCAGAUGAUACCUCAACAGUUCCAAGUGUAGGAUCAAUUAUUACUACCACACCGCAUGUGUUCCCAUUUGAGGAAAGAGUUGAAAUGUUCAGAGAGUUUGUCAAGAUGGACAAAGUCUCCCGAAAAAUGGCAGGUGAAGUUGGUGGACCUGGUUCACGAUCAUUUGAAAUCGUAGUUCGUCGUAGCCAUGUUGUUGAAGAUGGAUUCAGACAGUUAAAUUCUCUUGGGUCAAAGCUGAAAUCAGCUAUCCAUGUUUCAUUUGUUAGUGAAUGUGGCCUUCCUGAGGCUGGCCAAGACUGUGGUGGAUUAUCCAAAGAGUUUCUGACUGAUAUAGCCAAAGCAGCAUUUUCCCCCGAAUAUGGACUGUUCUCUCAAACCUCUACUCCAGACAGGCAUCUUAUCCCAAAUGCAGCUGCACGAUAUCUCGACAAUGGUAUCCAGAUGAUCGAGUUUCUUGGUAGAGUUGUUGGGAAGGCUCUCUAUGAAGGAAUAUUGCUUGACUAUUCAUUUUCGCAUGUUUUUGUCCAUAAGCUAUUAGGGCGGUAUAGCUUCCUUGAUGAGCUAUCAACCCUUGAUCCUGAGCUCUACAGGAAUCUCAUGUGUGUCAAGUCUUACGAGGAUGACGUCAAAGAACUCUCGUUGGAUUUCACUGUAACUGAAGAAUCAUUUGGCAAACGACAUGUUAUUGAGCUUAAACAUGGUGGCAAGGAUAUUUCUGUUACAAAUGAGAAUAAGAUGCAGUAUGUUCAUGCUAUUGCUGAUUAUAAACUUAAUCGACAGAUAUUGCCUUUCUCAAAUGCGUUUUAUAGGGGUUUAACUGAUCUUAUAUCACCAUCUUGGUUGAAGUUAUUUAAUGCAAGUGAAUUCAAUCAGUUGCUUUCAGGAGGAAACCAUGAUAUCGACGUCAAUGAUUUGAGGAAUAAUACACGAUAUACAGGUGGUUACACAGAGGGCAGCCGAACAAUUAGUAUUUUUUGGGAGGUUAUUAAAGGAUUUGAACCAAAAGAUCGAUGUUCGCUUCUUAAAUUUGUCACCAGUUGUUCUCGAGCUCCAUUACUUGGAUUCAAAUACCUGCAACCAGCUUUUACCAUUCAUAAGGUUUCGUGUGACGUACCUAUUUGGGCUUCAAUAGGAGGACAGGAUGUUGAGCGGCUUCCAACUGCUUCCACUUGCUACAAUACUCUCAAGCUUCCGACGUAUAAACGUUCAAGUACUUUGAGAUCAAAACUUCUCUACGCGAUCAAUUCCAACUCAGGAUUUGAACUCUCUUAAUGUACCUGAUACCAGAAAAUCUGACUUGGAGCAACAUAACUCAUCAAUUAUGCAUUAUUUGUCUUCCUCACCUCACUUUGGGCAGGGUGACAACUGAUUUGGUCCAAACCUACAUCUAAUUAUUUAUUAGUUCAUUACACGAUGUGAGUGAUAAUUGUUCUUGUUUCCAAAUCUGUGGCACAUCUAAGGCCGCUAUUCUUUUGAUCUCAUCUAUCUUAUCUAUCUUUGGCUACGCCACAGUUUUAGCCUGUUGGAAGGAAACGUCUGGAAAAAAAAGAAAAAAAAAAGAAAAAAGAUCAUAAUUUCUAUGGAA